UGGGCGCUGGGCUGGAGAGCAGAGCGCGGAUGGAAGCGCUCCACACAGGACCUGAAGUUCUGAAUGAACGCGCUUCAUUUCUCCACACCAUGGGAGACGGUUUACCGUCCGUAAACACCAGCAAUGACUCUAAACGCGACACGUUGGAUCCUAACGUAUCAGAACAGUGGCUCGUGGGCAUGGGAAUCAUCAUGGGUCUGAUAGUAUUUGUCAUUGUAGUGGGGAAUAUACUGGUUAUAGUCGCCAUAGCCCGGAAUCAGAGGCUCCAGACGCUCACCAAUGUUUUCAUCGUGUCUCUGGCGUGCGCAGACCUCAUCAUGGGGUUACUGGUGGUGCCAUUUGGCGCAGCCUUGGAGCUCAAAGGAGCCUGGAUGUAUGGAUCGUUCUUCUGUGAAUUCUGGAUAUCUGUUGAUGUACUUUGCGUCACGGCGAGCAUCGAGACCCUGUGCGUAAUUGCAAUAGACAGGUAUAUCGCCAUCACCUCUCCAUUUCGCUAUCAAAGCCUUUUAACAAAAGUACGAGCCAAGGUAGUGGUGUGUGGAGUGUGGGCUAUAUCAGCUCUUGUGUCAUUCCCACCCAUCCUAAUGCACUGGUCCCGGGACUACAAUGAUACAUCGUGCUAUGACAAACCCGAGUGCUGUGACUUUGUCACCAACCGUGAAUAUGCCAUCUCCUCCUCCAUUAUAUCGUUUUACAUCCCUUUAAUAGUCAUGAUAUUUGUCUAUGCCAGAGUGUAUAGAGAAGCCAAACAACAGCUGAACAAAAUCAACAAAUGCGAGGGAAGAUUCUACAAUAAUCAUGGUACUAACUGCAAACCUAACCGAAAACGAACCACCAAGAUUCUGGCUUUAAAAGAGCAUAAGGCGCUGAAAACGUUGGGAAUAAUAAUGGGAACUUUCACUCUCUGCUGGCUGCCGUUCUUCAUCGUUAACGUGUUUUGCGCAAAAUUUGUGGAUAAGGAGGUCUUCGUGUUUUUGAACUGGCUGGGGUAUGUGAACUCCGCCUUCAACCCCAUCAUAUACUGUCGGAGUCCCGACUUCAGGAAAGCCUUCAAGAGGCUGCUGUGUUGUCCGAGGCAGGCGGACCGUAGGCUGCACGUGAGCUCGUGCGAUCUGUCGCGCUGCACCGGGGGCUUUGGGAACUCAACGGAGCAGAGCAUGCUCGGGACGUGGUCGGAGUGUAACGGCGCGGACAGCAGCGACUGCAGUCUAGAGAGGAACGGCAGGAUGUCCCAUUCAGAGUCUCAACUGUAAAAGUACAUCUGCGAUUAUUUAAUCAAUAUUACAUGAGCAAGAGUGCUGUUUCUCUUGGAUAUCAGGUAAUCAUGGACGCGCUAAAAGUGUGAUAUUGCUUGUUCGUGUGAACUACGUUUCAGACAAAAAUUGGCCAGUUCGUAUAUUUCUUCUUCGUCACCGAAAAUAUUUCCAAAAAAAAAAAAAAAAACAACUCUUUAAAGUCACCAUGAAAUAAAAAUGGGCAAUUCUUAUAUUUUAUGGAAUAUUGCAGUAUUUAUUAUAAAUGAUUAAUCCGUGCAUAUAUAUAUUUUUUUUAAUUCAUGUUGCCCUCAUAAACUUUAAUCAAAAUAACUUCUCUUGCAACAACAUCUCUUCACUGAUGACAUAUUUUCUGGCGUGAGGGCGGGACAGCCUGUCACUCACAUGACGUCACAGCAAUAGCAAACCACAAAAUGUCAGAGAUCCAAUCAUUUCCGAUGGACAAAAUCAGGUCCCGCCCUACUUUUUUUUUUUUUUUUUUUUUUUUUUUUUUUUUUUUACAGAAACUUCGGUUUCAUGCCAACUUUACAUUUUCACCAAGCAACGCACAAACUAAAUUAGUGGAGCGGAGCAACAGAUUUCCCUUCUCCUACUCAACUCAUUUUGUAAUAACUCCGCUCCAGCUCCACUCCGGGUUUUACUCCUGUUCUGAGUGAACAUGGAUCAAGAGAAAAUGCGCACUCGCUCCGCUUCCAUUCUGACCUGCUCUUUCAUGGACACGGGUAAGCGGAGUUAAACAAAAAGUGAAAAGUCCUAGGGCCGUUAUUGGCACUUUUGGAAAGCCGCUCACCUCAGCCAAGGCCGGAAAUAAAUGUUAAUUUAAUAUAUAAAUAUAAAUAGAUAAUAGGGUAGCCGAACAUUUGCCGUGUUCAAAAAAAAAAACAAUCAUUAACCCAUUUAAUCCCAUUUUUCCCCCAGCUAAAUUAGCACAUGUAUUUGGAGAGCCCACUGAAGCAAAUUGCAUGUGUUUUCUGAAAAAGUUAAAAGUGACAUGAUUACUUAAUUCUGACACAAUUGUAACCAGUGGGAAACUUUCUCAGUUUGUCAAAUUGCUCAGUUCGUCAGUAAGACCGAAUAAGAAGUUGCAAAUAAUUAAGCAGUGUCAUUUAAUAUUUUUGCUUUUCAGCAAUUGCGUGAAAAAAAGGUAUUGAUAAUCCAAGAAUACAUGGAUAUAUUUCUAUUUCUUUGCUUCAUUUAUUGUAACAAUACCUUAAAAUCUACAAUUUUCUCAUGUGAAUCAAUCAGUUAUUUAAAACCGGUUUCUCACUGGUCACAAAUGUGAUCACUGACAUGUAUUUCGAUAAUGAUUAAUAUUUGACAGAGUAUUCCUGAAAUAAAUUAUUGAUAGACCCAUUAAGUAUAUUUAUCAAAUAUGCAGAGGGGCAAACUGGAAUUAAACAGCUCUGGUCAUGUGACUGUUUAAACCAGCAGUUUAAAAAUGAUCACAUUAAAUCAAGAAAGUCUGCACAUCCUUUAACUGUUGAGAACUCUUUGGAACACACGCACAAAUCUUUUUAGUCCCCUUAAACUCAAAAAUAAAUGCAGGUCACAAAUGAUAAUGUGGGAUUAAAUGGGUUAAAAACAUUUUGCAAACGCAGUUCAAAAUUCAAUUAUAAAAACAGAAAUUUUUUCAAAUACAAACCGUUCAGUAUUUUGCAGUGAGUAAAUGGUAGUUUGGUCAGACUGAAGCAGUGUUUAGCUCUGAAAUUGAGUAGUGGAACAGUGUUUUUCAUUCUUCAUAGCAAUGUUUUUAGGCAUUGAGCCUUUACAUUGUUUAUUGGAAUGUUUUAUUCACGAAUGUCUGAAAAUAAAUCUCGUUUUACCUCAUACCUGUAUAAUGUGCAAAUUGUACGAGGACGUUGUUUAUAUUAAACAAAUUGUUAAAAUGUACAGUAUUUAUUUGAUGCAUUGUACAGCAUAUAUGAUAAGCGUGGCAAUGUGAUAAAAUAAUGUUAAAUAUACUUGUGAUUUACAUGCACCUUAUUUGUGUCACAUGUGAGCUGCAAAAUGGGGCAAUGAGCUUCUUGCAUUUUCCAUUCUUUUCAAAUUUCUACCAGUUACAUAUGUUACUAGAUUCAUUGAUCUGUAAAGAUGCACACACAAUUUUUUUGGCAAGUUUUGUUAUAAAUAUAUUUCCCCAACUUCACAUUCUUACAGAAAUAAUUUAUGUACCAGUGCCUCAUGUGAAGUAUUGUACAAGAUUCAUCAUGUUGACGUCAAGUUGGCUAGCGUGCAAUAAAACGUGAUAUUGUGAAAAUGCA